AACAAACAAAGCUGAGUUUAAUAAAUUUCCCCCCUCGGAAGCACUGCUUCGUUCCCCUUUUCGCAUUCAUCCAACAUUUCAUAACAUCUCCCAUUUUUAUCAUUUUGGAACUAUGCUUAUUUUGUAUUUCUGGAACGUUUUGUAGUUUUGUGCCAUUGCGCAACAGGGGAGGGCACGUUCGCGAAGAGCAACCGGCUAAGCUUUGCUUUAGCUCACUUUAGCUUGACAAGGCUGGGCUGAGAUGACCAGCGCCUCUUCUGCCACCUUCUCGGCCGUCCAACAAAAUAUUUUGUAGACGCCCAUGUCAACAUCACUUUUCGGCUUUUUGCUGCUGCUGUUGUUGUGGAGCGACUAUGAAGACGUGUUGAGUUCAUCUAGCUGCCUCAGGCCAGCUCUUUCUUCUUUCCUUACACACUGACUUCCUUCUUCCUCCUCCUUUGGCCCCCUCCACGCGUGAUUGAGGAGUAUGAGCGGCAUGCGCGUGGACGCCAAAGUGGUGAUGUUGGGCAAGGAGAGCGUGGGCAAGACCAGCUUGGUGGAGAGAUACGUCCACCACCGCUUCCUGGAUGGACCUUAUCAAAACACUAUCGGUGCCGCUUUUGUGGCCAAACCAAUUCAGGUGGGAGACAAAGUGAUCACCUUGGGAAUAUGGGACACGGCCGGAUCUGAACGCUAUGAAGCAAUGAGCAGAAUCUAUUACAGAGGAGCCCGGGCAGCCAUCGUCUGCUACGAUCUGACAGACAGCAGCAGUUUCCAGCGAGCUCGUUUUUGGGUGCAAGAACUACAAAACUGCGAAGAGCAUUGCAAGAUCUACUUGUGCGGUACCAAAAGCGACCUGAUCCAAGGAGACCGGAGUCUCCGUCAGAUCGACUACCACGACACUCAGGACUUUGUCGAAGAGAUCGGAGCGCAGCAUUAUGAGACCUCCAGUAAAACCGGAAGCAACGUGGAUGAGCUGUUCCAGAAGGUGGCCGAGGACUACAACAACGCCACCUUCCAGUACAUGACGGCAGAAGAAUCAGGAGUGAACUUGGGCCAGAAGAAAGAGUCAUACUUCUACUCAUGCUGCAACAGCAACUGACGCUGGACCAGAACUGUGGAAGACAGAAGAAAAUAAAAGAGAGCGAGAGAGCAAAAUGGUCAUUUCUUUUGUGCCAUGACAAACUGCGUGGAGGCGUCUCUGCCGGGGUGGAGCUUUGAAUUAAAGAACAUUUCAUCCAGAAGAGGAUCUCCCGCUCCAAAGCUGUCCAUUGAAGACAACUGAGCUGCUUCUUCUGCUUACCUUUUCACUGUCAUGCAGUUUACACCCGUCAAGACUGCACAUGAAAAGGACCGCUGGCGAAUUCAACUUUGUCUUGACUGCCUGUAUUGCUGCAUCACAUGAUCAGCUCAUCACAGCCUGAGCUGCCUGAAUGAAAAACAGUGAUUGACCUUUUGACCCUUGUCUGUCAGGCACCUCCCCCCUUUUUUUGGCGCUGAUUUCCUCCAGUGGGAAAUUUGGUCAAGAAAAAGACCUCAAUGGCACAAAACUGACAAGUCAACCUCAGAAUAAUGUUAACAUUUUUUGACACUCAGCCAUCAUGUUUGCGCACUUAUUUAUUGCCUUUUCAAAUCACAGUGCCGGAUAAUGCUUCAAACAACUGCUUGAAUGUUUUUUUUUUUUUUUUUAAAUACAAGCUGUCAAAGAAAGGUUCAAAUAUAAGCGCUCCUGUGGAAU